UUGGUUUUGAUUAUAAGUGUGUUUGAUUGGCAGCAGGCAUCACUGUAUAUUUAACUGUGUUUGCAUGUCUCUCUUUCCUCAGUAAGGAUGAUGAUGGUGAGCGAUGACUGUCUUGUGGAGUGUAAGAUCGAUGAUGACAGCGAAGAAGAAAACGGAGAAGAGGAACAAUUAAAAAUUCCUCCACCUCCUCCAGAGUUUGCGUCUAAAGCCUCGACUCCAGUGCCAAAACCACCAACCCCUCCCACAGCCCCUGCUACGCCCACACCCACGCCAACACCUACACCAACACCUACACCUUCAUCCGCCCAGCCUGUCAACAGAGACCCUUACGGCAUCAAUAAGCACCUAAAGGUGGAGGUCAGUGACGUGCUGGUGGAGCCCACCACACCUCAUAGCAUAGACCAGGUGUGGUUUUAUAGCGUCUCAGGCUUUGAGAAGACUCGUAUCUGGACAUACCGCUGCCUCUCCUUGCUGUUUGCUGUGCCCUUGGCGCUCCUCUGUGGUGUAUUCCUGGCCAUUCUUGCCAGUCUACAUGUCUGGUUUUUAGUGCCUUGCAUACAGCUGAGCAACACCUUCGUCCCGUGCCUGCGGUCAUUGUGUCUGUGUUCUGUGAAUGUUUUCAUCUCUCCCUUCUGCACAUCUCUAGCUCUCUGCUGCAGCCAAAUCAACGUUUUACUGUCCAAAAAGGACUGGCAUCCGACAAGAGACAAGGAGGCUGUUUGAAUGUUUGAGAGAAAGAGAGAGAGAGAGAGAGAGAGAGAGAGAGAGAGAGAGAGAGAGAGAUGUAACCUUUUUUUAUUUGAUUUUGUAUUAUUAUUCUGCAGCCUGGUGAUGUUAAUACUGUGUCAUAUGUUUUCUACAUGAUAGCUUAUUAUUAUUUUGUAAUAUUAUUAAAACU